GAAGGCUACACUUUGCUGCAGGAGUCAUCUGAAUCUGUGGAACCAUACCUCCUUGAGGUGAUCUGAGGAGCACGUUAUCAAGCUGGAUGGAUGCGUCAGGGGACGAGUUCCAGAAGUACCGGUCACCUUUGGUGUCCCGGUACGCCAGCAAAGAGAUGGCUUAUAACUUUAGCGACAAGAAGAAAUUCACAACCUGGAGAAAACUGUGGAUUUACCUCGCGAAAGCGGAGAAGGAUCUGGGCCUGCCGAUCUCCGACGCCCAGAUCGGGGAGAUGGAGGCCCAUGUGGACGAUGUUGAUUUCUCCAUGGCGGCGGAGGAGGAGAGGAAGCUACGACACGAUGUCAUGGCACACGUUCAUACUUUCGCCCACUGCUGCCCCGCUGCCGCGCCCAUCAUACACCUGGGCGCCACUUCCUGCUUCGUGGGCGACAACACGGACCUGAUCAUGUUGAGAGAUGGCUUUGAUAUUCUCCUCCCUAAACUGGCCUGUGUGAUGGAUAGACUUGCCAGUUUUGCUGAGAAGUACGCUGACCUCCCAACACUGGGCUUCACUCAUUACCAGCCUGCACAGCUGACCACUGUAGGGAAGAGGGCCUGCCUGUGGCUGCAGGAUUUGACCAUGGACAUGCGGAACUUGCAGCGAGCGCGGGACGACCUGCGUUUCCGCGGCGUGAAGGGGACCACGGGCACCCAGGCCAGCUUCCUGCAGCUCUUCCAGGGAGACCAUGACAAAGUUGAGAAACUGGAUGAAAAGGUCACUGAAAUGGCUGGAUUUAAAAAGUCCUAUUUGGUGACAGGACAGACGUACAGCAGAAAAGUGGACAUUGACUCUCUCUGUGCAUUAGCCAGUCUGGGAGCCACAGUGCACAAGGUCUGCACUGACAUUCGACUGCUGGCCAAUCUGAAGGAGAUUGAGGAGCCGUUUGAGAAAGAGCAGAUUGGCUCCAGUGCUAUGCCCUAUAAGAGAAACCCUAUGAGGGCAGAGCGUUGCUGUAGCCUGUCUCGCCACCUGAUGGCGCUGUUGGCUGAUCCUCUGCAGACUGCGGCUGUGCAGUGGCUGGAGAGGACCCUGGAUGAUAGUGCUAACAGGAGAAUCUCUCUUCCGGAGUCCUUCCUCACUGCUGAUAUCAUUCUCAGCACCCUGCAGAAUGUCACUGAGGGCCUUGUGGUUUACCCUAAGGUGAUCGAGAGACACAUUCGUAAUGAACUGCCCUUCAUGGCCACCGAAAACAUCAUCAUGGCCAUGGUCAAAGCCGGGGGAAACAGACAGGACUGUCAUGAGAGGAUCCGCGUGCUGUCCCAGCAGGCUGCGGCCGUGGUGAAACAGGAGGGGCGUGAUAAUGACCUGCUGGACCGUGUUAAGGCCGACGCCUAUUUCACACCCAUCAUUAACCAACUAGACGCACUCUUAGACCCCAAAACUUUCAUCGGCCGUGCUCCACAGCAGGUGGCGAAGUUUCUCUCUGUGGAGGUCAGGCCUCUGCUGGAGCCGUAUAAGGAUAAGAUGAAUGUCAAAGUGGAACUGGAACUCUAAAACACACACACACACACACACACC